AUGGGACGGGAGGCCAAAGCAUCUAAAGUCUGUCCUCCGUGUGAUAACCAACUGAAAGCUGACAACAUCAUGGAGCAUUACUGUGCCAGCGACUUUGCUAUCAAGAUGAAGAUCAAAGAAGUGAAGAAAGAGAAUGGCGACCGUAAACUCAUCGCCGCUCAGAAGAAGAAGAAGGUGCUCAAGAUGGGUGUCCUGCGUAAAAAGGACUUGAAGAAGUUGACGCUGUACAUAAAGAAUGGAGCCAACUGCCCCUGUGCUCAGCUGGACAACCUUGGUAGUAACUUCCUCAUCAUGGGCCGGAAAGUGGACCAGCAGCUGCUGCUCAUGUCCAUCCACAAAUGGGAGAAGAAGAGUACGGAGUUGAAGUUCGCCAUCAAGUACAUGAAGAGUCAGCAGUGUCCCACCUAUCAUACCGUCUUCCAGUGACCUUAAUGAUACAACUAUCACACCCCCAGUCUUCCCCAAAUGUCUCCCCUCUAUCCCUCCAGUCAGCUGUCUCCCCUCUAUCCCUCCAGUCAGUUGUCUCCCCUCUAUCCCUCCUGUCAGUUGACU